AUGGAUGCUGAUAAAUAUCGCGCUCCUGUAGACUCUCCCGUUUCUCAUUACUUUAAGACAUUUCCUCUUAGGAGUUGGUCUCACCAUCAUUUCUUUAAGUAUACAGAUACUCUAGAUUUGGAACAAGUGACCCGUCUCUGGUACGAUAAUAUCACCACUAUAAGAUUCCUCCCCGGUUCAUUGGUCGACGAGAAGCUGUUUACUUCAAUUGUCAGGAGGAAAAUGGCAAAUGUAUUUGAUGUUAAUGAAAAGAAACGUAAACACGCUGAAGAUGAAGUGCAUACUAAUUCUGUCAGGACGUCUGCAGAACUUCUGAAAGAUACCUUUGAGCACCAUAGAAAAUAUACAAAACGAAUGCUAGGCAUACCUGUGACCCCAUCAAACGUGACUCCAACAGUUACUCCUGUUGUAAAUAGACCUAAUGAAACUUUAAUCCUGGGAUUGAAGACUGAACCAGACACGGAAAACAUUGAAUUUGAUCAGUAUAUAGAUGACGAAAAUUUUAUUCAAGAGAAACUUUCGUUGAAUAAUUCGUAUAUGCUUGAAACCAACGUUGAUGAUACUCAUUAUAUGUUCCAAGAGAAAAAUAUUUCCACACUAUUUACUUCGUAUCAGUCUGAAGCAUUACGAAUGGGACAAACAUCGGGUUUGUCGGUUGAGUUUGUCCAGUAUUUUAUUGCUGCAAGCAAACAAAUUUUCAGACUUGCAAGUCAAAAAAUUCUCCAGGAAUACUCUGACAAGUUUGCGGAAAAACAU